AUGCGUAGAUCUGCGACCACAGCCACCGCUCUCUUGCUUGGGGCUGCGACCCUCGCCUCCGCACAAACGUAUCAGCGGCUCGGGGCCUGUCCCAAGCUGGGGUGCGUGUUCCCCCCCGAUCAGACUGAGUUCCUCGCGGGACAGUUGUUCGAUAUUCGCUUGGAGGUCCAUGCCCCCGUGAACGGUUCCGAAGCGACAAAUGGAGUUCCCGAUGAGAAGUUUACAUUCUGCAUUCAAAAUGGGAAAGGCCCAUGCGAGGACGCGAACAAGUUCUUCAAGGCGAAGGAGCCUACGUUGGAAAAGUGGACCUUCCAGUACUAUGAAGAUCUCUUUGCCAGAGACGCAAAAACCCCCACGGUCGUUAAUGUCGCUGCGAAGGCUUACCGUGCUCUCUCUCUGUCCCAGCCUGGAACCUACGCGGCUAAGCUCACCUACAAUGGUGGCGGCCAGACUGUCGCCAACUGGGUCGUUCGUAAACCUGCCACCCACCGCAAAGCCAAGAACGUUCUCUUCUUCAUUGGCGAUGGCAUGACCCAGGCCAUGAUCACCGCUGCUCGUCUCAUUGCGCACAAGUCCAUCAACGGCAAGUACCAGUCCCUCAUGCAGAUGGACCAGAUGGACAACCUUGGCCACCAAAUGACCCACUCCAUCGACUCGUUCAUCACCGACUCUGCCAACUCUGCGACUGCUCUGUACACUGGAAAGAAGUCGACGGUCAACGCUUUGGGCGUUUAUGUCGAUAGCUCCAAGACCCCCUUUGACGACCCCAAAGUUGAAACCAUCGCUGAGCUUUUCCGUCGUCGCAUUGGUGGUGCUCUUGGAAUUGUGUCGACCGCUUACAUUGCCGACGCAACUCCUGCUGGCCUCUGCUCACACACUAGGGAUCGUGGUCAAUAUGCCUCCAUCGUCACCGAGUACCUUUACAAUGCUACUUUCCUCAAUUCAACAUUCGCAUGGCCAACCAGUUGCCAAGGUCCAGAUGUCAUCUUCGGAGGAGGCGCUGAACAAUUCAUUGCCGGAAAAGGCUCCCCCAAUGGUACCGACUUUUACAAGGCAUUCCAGGCGCAAGGCUAUAACGUCAUCCACAACAACACCGAACUCCAAGCCGCCGGAACCAAGGACAAGACGUUGGGGAUCUUCUCGGUCUCGAACAUGGCCAAGUGGAUCGAUAGGAAUGUGAUGCGGGAUAACUUGAAGGGGAUGAAGGAUAGCCCUACUGGAGAUGGCACUGAUGCGACUGAUCAGCCUGGGUUGAAGGAAAUGACGAUCAAGGCCAUUGAUAUUCUCCAGGCUCGUCAGAAGAAGGGUAAGGGUGAGGGUUGGUUCAUGAUGUCUGAGGCUGCGAGCAUUGACAAGAUGAUGCACGUAUUGGACUACGAUCGUGCCCUUGGUGAUCUUUUGGAACUGGAUGAUACUAUCCGUGCUUCUAUUGAUCAUCUCAAGAAGAUUGGUGAAUACAAGAACACCUUGAUUGUCGUUACUGCUGAUCAUGGACAUGGCUUCGAUGUCUUUGGUGGUGCUGACACCAAAUAUCUUGCUGCGCAAUCCACUGACCGCAAGAAGCGUGACGCUGUUGGCGUCUACGCAAACUCGGGUUUGAGUGGUUACACAACUUCCCCCGGUUCUCUGCCCAACAACCAAACCGGACCCAACUUCCCCGUCCAAUGGAACCCCCGCUACACCUAUGCUGCCGGCUUUGGCGCAAACCCCGACCAUCGCGAGACGUAUGCCAUCAACACCAAGGGCCCCCGUGUCCCUGCUACCGCUGGCACUGAUGGCACUUACGGCGUCAACCCUGCUGACAACCAGGCUGGUUUCACAGUUGAGGGCACCCUUCCCACUGACGAAUCACAGGGUGUUCACUCGCUCACCGACGUAUCGGUCUUCGCUAACGGACCUGGCGCAGAGGCGUUUAAAGGCGUUUACAACAGCAUUGAUAUCUUUUUCAAAAUUGCGGAUGCUUUGGCGUUGGGUAGAACCGAUGGGCAUUAA